CCGCCCUGCCAAUCGCGUGGCAGCGCGCGCCGCUCAGAGCCCUGGUGCAGCAGCAGCAGCUCAGGGAAACUCCCAGCUCCAGGCUUUCAGGUGUGGACUCAGCAUAGGAGGUGACAAAGGACACAAAUGUGAUUAUUGUCCUUUCAAAAAUCCGAAGAGCUUUCGGAUCAUCUUUGCACAAGGAAAGCAUCAAAUGUGAUUAUCAUCCUUUCCAAGAUCUGAGGUGCUUUUGGAUCAUCGUUGCACAAGGAAAGCAUCUUGAAGAAGCUGAUAUACAGGGUAUAGCAUUGCUCUGGCUUGAAGGAGCUCUACAGGAUUGCACUUGAAGGUCUUCUGAAGCUGCACUUCAGCUCACUGGAGUUAUUGGGCAGGCCCUGUACUGCAAAAGGUACUCAGAUAAUGAGGGUUCAAAAGUGAUCCUUUCAAGGAUCUGAGCAGCUUCUGGAUCAUCAUUGCGCCAGUGGUAAGAAAAGGAUCUCGAGGAAGCUAGUAUACAGGGUAUAGUGCCGCUGUGCCUUGAAGGAGCUCUACAGGAUUGCACUUGAAGAACAUCUGAAGAAUUACACUUGAAGGACGUCUAACGCUGCACUUCUGGUCAAAGCACUGGCACAGAUAAAGCAGAACUAUCCCAGACUAUCACGGCAAGAAACAGACUGUUCCUCGGUGAAGCAAGAAGCCCUGAGAGCUAUUGUGUUUUCCUUAGCGGGAAGAGAGAGGAAGCCAGCUAUGCUUUCAGAGGCCCUACCCUGUUUCCAGUUACUUCGGAUGGGCCCUGCUUCUCCAGGGGAUUCGCCCAACCGGGAUCUCUAUACCUUCCGACCGUCCAGGCCCAGCUGCACCUAUCGGUUGGGCCGCCGAGCCGAAGUCUGUGAUGUCAUUCUGUUGUCAGAGCAGAAUCCAGCUUUGAUCUCACGGAUCCAUGCGGAGAUCCAUGCCGAGAGGGAUGCUGACAGCACAGCUGGGGAGUGGCAAGUUAGCCUGAUAGACCACAGCACCCAUGGUACUUACGUUAAUGCUGUGCGUAUAUCCCACGGCAAGCGAGUGGACUUAAAUGAUGGGGAUCUUCUUACUUUUGGCCACCCCAACCCAGUUCCUGAGGGCUGUGCCCUGCCACCUCCUCAUGGAAACUCCGAGUUCUACUUCCUUUUCCAAAAAGUCCACGUCCGGCCACAAGACUUUGCUGCUAUUACGGAGCCCAAAGCCCCAUGGGCUUCCUCCAGUGGAUUCCGGCCAGUGUUGCCGUCCGGCAAUCACCGCAUCCGUCCGCUUUCCCGUCACUCGCCUACCUCCCUUUCAUGUCGCUCCAAAGCCACCCUCAUCCUCAGCUCCAUCGGCAGCCUCAGCAAACUCAAGCCGCAGCCCUUCACUUUCUCUCUGGACAGGGGGCGAAGCACAGAUCCCCCAGCCCAGCCAAAACCAUCUCGGAAUCGCCGCAAGUCUGCUCACACGCUGCUGCCUGAGCUGGAGGAUGAAAUCACGCGGUUGGAAGAGGAGCAGCCGUUGCCAGACAAGGAGCAGCGAUUGGGGAGAAGUUACACCCAUUGCCACAACAGUCCCUUACAGCUUCAGCCCCGAAGAGUGCCAGAGGAAAGCAGGAACCCACAGGAAGAUCUACGGCCAAAGCUACAUGUUGUGCCCAGUGUGAAACGACGUGGUCGGCCCCGGAAGAACCCUCUGGGAGGAACGGCCCAGGUUUUUUCCCAGACUCUCUCUUCAUCGGAGCCGUGUGCAGCGCCCCGGUGCCACCUUCCCCAGGACGAGAUGGUGGCUUGGGUCCAGUGCGAUGGCUGCGACGCCUGGUUCCACAUUGCCUGCGUGGGAUGCAGCUACAACGCUGUCAAAGAGGAAGAUUUCCGCUGCUCUGCUUGCCGCUCUACUUAGAGGUUGCUGUGACAGGAGGGAAUAUCCUCCGAUACGGGAUACCAUCCAUGAACCCAAAUCGGAUGUGCAUGUUUGCAGGCACACUGGAGAAUUUUAAAAAUAAAAUUGCAAGGUGUGGUUGUGCAUGGAGGAGUUAAAAUUUGCACAAGAAGUCUGUAUUUUCUGAGACAAGCCAAACAGACAAAUAGAAAAGCUUGUGGGGAGUGGCAGUAUAAAAAAGAGGUGGGUUAAAAAACAGUCUGUUGAAGAAUAUGGGAGUAUCUCAAGGGGAACUAUGAGGAGGUUUACUCAGCUGCCAUUCUUUCUCAUGUAAAGCUGGCCAAUGUCUCCAGUUGUCAACUUUCAUGUGUCUUGAAGACUGUUGCAUUGGUGAUGGCAUGGGGGCUCUGGAGAUUCAGACUGGCUCCUGGAUCACAAGCGCUGUCUAUCAAUCAGAGGAAGUCAACUUGAUCAUGCUCAGGACAGAUGGUGCAAGUGUGCGUGCUACUUGUGCGUCUUUUAGAGCUGUAUGGGUUUACAGUGGGGACGAAGAGGCACACAGGCUGACUGGAAAGAGCAGUUCGUGAAGAAUGUGAAUGCAUUUGCUCACUUGACACAAGAUUCCUGACAAACAUCAUUUGAGUAAAUGACUGCCUUGAGCUUGUCACACUGGAGGAAUAGCUCUAUUGCCUGGGAAACCAAAAUCACCCAACAGUCCAUCUUGGAGAAGUGCCUCACAGCCCAAUAUUCCAGAAUACGAACAUUUGAGAGCAUGGAAUUUAGGAACUGCGACUCCAUAAUGUUCUCAGAAUGUAACAUUUUAUUGGCUUCACAUAAAGAGACAAGAUACCAGGACAGUAGUCAAAGUGUGCUAUAAACUGGUCCUCUCAAGAUUUCAUACAAAAAGAUGAACAAGGGAAACAAUGAAGAUAGAACUCUAUGAUUCUAUAAGGGUUGUAAAGCCAAAAGUGUGAUUUCCUGCUACUUGGUAGGGGUUUGGACUAGAUGGCCCAUGAGGUCUCUUCCAACUCUGAUUCUAUGAUAAGUAGGAAUCUUAGGCCACAGAAUGCCAGGAAGGCAAUUAUGUUUCUACUUUAAUUGAAAUGAGUCAGCUUAAGUUCAUAUUCACGCUUCUACCCUCUACAUCUAAGGUGUGUGUUCUAUUUGGACUAUUAUGGAGGAGAGAACUUGUUCACUCAUGUCUUUUUUAUCCCAACAUGUUUUUGCUUUCAUAUCUGUUAUUUUAAUAAUGGGUUGAAAUAAUUUAUCUUCCCAUUGCCUUGCAUAAAUGAAUAGAAACAUGAAUAAUUGCACCAGCUCUCUGUCCUAUUAACUCCGCACAUAGUCUUGUGCAACACAAACAGUUCAUCUUCUAGAACCUUAGGAUCGCACAUUACUUGCUGUUUGAUCCCAUUUUAACUGUCAUGGAUCCAACUUAUUGAACUCUCAACUGCAGCCCAAAGACUGACAAGUUUAUAAAUACCUUGUUGUGUGCCCUCAGGUCAUUUUUGACAUCUGGCCACCCUAAGGUGAACCUAUCAUGGAGAUUUCUGCUCCAGAUUUAUUUAGAGGGUGGGUUGCCUGAGGCUGAGAGUGACUUGCCCAACGGCACCCAGUGGUUUCCAUGGUUGAGUGGGGGUUUGAAUCUUGGUAGUUCAAUGCUGAAAUCAACGCAGCAUGCUACCCAACCUAUAAAUAUACCCAAAUGCUAAACUAUAGAAUUUCUUAAAAUAUAGCCAUACCAGUUAAAGCAGUGGUUCCCAACCUGUGACGCAUGGACCACCAGUGGUCUCCAAGAACUAAAAUAUGGUCCACGGCCUCACUGUUACUGCACCGUUGCAACGAGAAUGGAUGGUCUUGUGAAACUCUUAUAGGGUUGAGGCAACAGGGAAGUCGAGAGAGGUGAGAAGCUGACUACCCACAAAAGGCAUGACAAGAAGCCUCCUGACUGCUAUUUCUCUUCCUCCCGCUGAGAGGAGCCUUUCAUGGGGUUCCUUGGUGUCUUCGUUUUUAGGCCUGUUUCUGGGGUUAUUUGGGGUGCUGAUUCAGAAAAUUGCAUUGGAUAGACCACAUCAGCUCUAGAUUAUAGUGUUCCUGCACUACUUUGUUCCUGCACUCGCUUUCUGCAGAUUUGCUGUUUCGCGAUUUUUAAUAAAUACUAAAAUAUUAUUAUAAAUCAUAAAAUAAUAUUAUAAAUCCCUCUUUCUACUUCCUAAGGAGAAACCUAAGGAAGGAAGGAAGGAAGGAGAAGUCAAAGGGAGAGAAAAGGAGGCUGAAGCAGCUUUGUUUUUGCCUUACAAGGCAGCGGCGGGAGCAUCCCUUUAUAGCGUCCAAAUAUAGCGUCCCUAAUUCACGGAUUUUCACUUUUCGCAGGUGGUCCUGGAACGUAACCCCCACAAUAAGUGAGGGAACACUAUUAAAUAUGGGUUUCUGUGGGUGAGCAGAUGAUGACUACUGAAUGGUAUGUGUUCUGUAUCAGAAACUAGAGCUGAUGUGGUCCAUCUGAUGCAGUGUUCUGAAUCAGCACCACAAAUAACCAAACCGAAUCUAAAGUUGACCAAAAACUGAUUCUUAACCCUUUUGGUACUAAUUUUGGAGAGUGGUCCCUGGUCAAAAAAGGUUGGGAACCACAGAGUUAAAGUGAACACUGAGUGCUAUAACCAUGCAGUGUGGAUGCCCUUUAAAGGCUAACAAAUGAGUUGUGAUGGGAUUUUUAAAGGGCCAAAUGACCAAAGCAUUAUUUUCAUUGCAUAUGCAUAUAUUGCCUUGGUAUAGGAGCCCUGAUGGCGAAGUGUGUUAAAGCACUGAGCUGCUGAACUUGCAGACCGAAAGGUCACAGGUUCAAAUCCCAGGGGCAGAGUGAGCGCCCGCUGUUAGCUCCAGCUUCUGCCAACCUAGCAGUUCGAAAACAUGCCAAUGUGAGUAGAUCAAUAAGUACCGCUCCAGCGGGAAGGUAACGACGCUCCAUGCAGUCAUGCCGGCCACAUGACCUUGGAGGUUUCUAUGGACAACGCCAGCUCUUCGGCUUAGAAAUGGAGAUGAGCACCAACCCCCAGAGUUGGUCACGACUGUACUUAACGUCAGGAGAAUACAUUUACGGGGAAAUAUGUCUAAACUAAAAUCAGUGACAUGCAAAGUGAAACAGGGUUUUCUGAUCUGGUGGUACCCAAGGCGGGCAGAGUAUGAGUUACAGGUGACUCCCAUGCUUCACAGUACCCUCAGUCUGAUAAAUACUUCCAAACCACAUGAUUUUAUAUUUCUGCCUGUUGACUUCUGUGCCUUUUCUUAAGUGCUUCACCUGAGUGGGAACCUGAGACAGAUGUGUUGCUUUAAUCUAUUCACUAUUCCAGAGUACUAGCUGUAGUUCCAAUAUGUAAUAGCAACGAAGCUGAAUCCUUUGUAAACCAGCAAUUAAUUGCUGUGUAAAAGACAUAUUUUGCUGUAUCUGGGUAUGUUGGUUUCUUCAGCAGAGUACUGCAAUCAUCAUCUUUUCCAGCUGGAACAGAAAUAAACUUUGGUGGCCUAGCUUCA